AUGAAAACAUCUCUGUCUCAAUAUGCAAUCAUUUUUGCAUGGUUGCUUUGUGCAAUGAUCAUGUUGAAAACAUGCAUAUGCAGCUCUAAGAUUCGGUGCAACGAGAAAGACAAGGAAGGUCUCUUGAACUUCAAACAAGGAGUAAAAGAUCCAUCAGACAAGCUCUUUUCAUGGUCCAUUGAAAAAGACUGUUGUGAUUGGAUAGGAGUGAAGUGUGACAACAUCACAAGCAGAGUCACUGAACUCAGUCUCCCAUGUUCUACAACUCUUCCAACUUACAUUGACAAAGUGGAUAAAUCACACUGCCUCACAGGUUCUAUCCACCUUUCUUUGCUGCAGUUUCAAUCUCUACAGUACUUGAAUUUGCAUAAUAAUGACUUCUUAAAUAUCCAAUUUGAUAGUCAAAAUUGUCAUAACCUAUCUGUAGAGUACUGUGCAAACUCUUCGGUUCUUGAAUAUCUUGAUUUAUCAUCUAAUGAGGCUCUUGCCAUUGAUAAUCUUCAUUGGCUUUCCCGCAUUUCAUCCUUGAAAAUGAUCGAUCUUAGUCGCAUUAAUCUUCACAAGGAAACUAACUGGCUUCAGUCAGUGACUACAAUGCUUCCAUUACUUUCGGAGCUGUACUUGAGAAGUUGUCAAUUGAAAAACUUGAGUCCGUCUCUUCAGUAUGCUAAUUUUACUGCACUUGAAGUUCUUAAUCUUCACAGCAAUGAAUUUGACUCAGAGUUGCCCAAAUGGUUAUUCAAUCUUAGUGGUAUCUCUGAAAUUUGCCUUGGUUCAAGUGUUUUAAGAGGCCAACUACCAAAGGCAUUGCUAAAUCUGCGACACUUGGAAUCCUUGGGCCUAGAAAAAAAUCAUUUCAAUGGACCAAUUCCAGAUUGGUUAGGCCAAUUUGAACAUCUACAAUAUCUUGAUCUUCAUAAAAACAAGUUUUCUGGAUCUAUUCCCAUAAAUUUGGGAAACCUAUCAUCCUUAGUUGUCUUAGGUGUUCGCUCAAAUCAUUUGACAGGGGUCGUGUCCGAGAGAAAUUUUGCCAAACUGUCAAAGUUAGAGUAUUUGUCUAUCUCACCACCAAUAAUCUUUGAUUUUGAUUCCCACUGGAUUCCACCUUUUCAACUUCAACAAUUAAUUUUUGGAUUUGCGGGUUCUAAACUCCCUGUGUGGUUAUAUACCCAGAGAUCUAUUCAGUCUCUAACUAUUGUGGACUCAUCAUUUGAGGCUAAAGGUGAGUUUUGGAAUUUUGUAUCAAGAAUGACCUUCCUCGAUUUAGAAAGGAAUUCAAUAGAUGGGGACCUGUCAAAAGUGUUGUUGAACUCUACAUACAUAACUCUGUUAUCAAAUGAUUUGAAAGGUAGUUUGCCUCGAUUAUCAUCAAAUGUGGUCGUUGUGGUUAUGCGGAGUAACUCAUUAUCAGGAUCCAUUUCUCCUCUCUUGUGUGAUCAUAAGAUGCUGCUAAAUGGGAAAAGCAAUUUGGUAUACUUGGACAUAUCUGAUAAUCAUCUCUCUGGAGGGCUAACAAAUUGCUGGCAGAAUUGGAAAUCUUUGGUUCAUAUUAACCUGGGAAGCAAUAACCUGACAGGCAAGAUACCCCCAUCAAUGGGGUUGUUACCUAAUCUCACCUCACUGCAUCUGCAUGAGAACAACUUGUACGGAGAGAUACCUCCCUCGCUGCAAAAUUGCCACUCUCUAUUGAUCUUUAAUGUUCGUGAAAACAACUUUUCAGGAAAUAUACCAAACUGGAUACCGCAGAGUGCAAUGGCUCUCCAAUUAAGGUCCAAUCAAUUCAGUGGUAAUAUUCCACCACAGAUAUGCCAAAUGACUUCCCUCAUCAUUUUGGAUUUUGCAGAUAACAGAAUCUCAGGACACAUACCUAACUGUCUGCAUAAUAUCACAGCCUUAAUUUCCAACAAUGCUUCUCGGAGUAAGCUUGCUUUUUACUUUAAUUUUUCUGAUAUCCAUUACUCCUUCAGAGACAGUCUUGAGCUAGUUACAAAAGGUCAAGGAUCAGAAUAUUGGAAAAACCUGCACUUUAUGACCUUAAUUGAUCUUUCAAAUAAUGAUCUGUCUGGAACAAUACCUCCACAAAUGUUUAGCCUCAUUGGAUUGCACUCCUUGAACUUGUCCCACAAUAAGUUAAUGGGAAGCAUACCAAAUGAGAUUGGCAACAUGUAUAACUUGGAGUCCCUUGAUUUUUCAACAAACCAACUAUGGGGUGAAAUUCCUCAGACGAUGUCCAAUUUGUCUUUUCUCAGUUACUUGAACCUGUCAUUUAACAAUUUCAUAGGCAAAAUACCAUCAGGGACACAACUUCAGGGGUUUAGUGCACUCAGCUAUAUUGGCAAUCCUAAUCUUUGUGGAUCUCCGCUUACUAAAAAAUGCUCUCCAGACACUAAAUACAGAGAAACAAAGCCUACGGAUGAAGAUGAGGGUGAAUCUGAUUUUUUAUCAUGGUUCUAUAUUGGCAUAGAAUCUGGAUUUGUCAUGGGCUUUUUGGGCAUUUGUAGUCCCAUUUUCUUGAAUAGGAAAUGGAGACAUGCUUACUUCAACUUUCUUUAUGACAUGAGAGACCGGCUUUAUGUUAUGGUGGCCGUCAAGAUGAACUCCUUUCGUUGA